UUCCAAUCAAAGACGAAAAAUGAGUCGCCGAUUGAGUUGUCUUCUUAGAUAGCCAUUGACAUAUUGCUUGAAGGCCUGUGGAGCGUCGUCAAUGGACAGGUAUUGGCUGGCUAUGCAGAUUUUAGACAAAACUGGCGUGCUUGAAACAACUUUAUUCACUAGCGAAGUGCAUAAAUUGUUGAGUUUCAUCAUGACUACUAAUUUUCAUCCAGAUUCUGUCGAUUGUGUUGAGUUAAAUGAUACCAUCAAGGAUCUUACUUUCGUUACUAGCGAAGUGCAUAAGUUGUUGAGUUUCAUCAUGACUACUAAUUUUCAUCCCGAUUCUGUCGAUUGUGUUGAGUUAAAUGAUACCAUCAAGGAUCUUACUUCCGUUACUGCUAUUAAGGUUAUUGUUAAACAGUACCAGGGAGAGUUGAAGACACAUAUAGUUGUACUUUCUCUUUAGUUGCCAUCAAAACAACCAAAUAUGGAUGAUGGUAAUAUCAAUGUGAAGGUUUCAACAAUGAAAUCAAAGCGGAGACUGAUUCUUGCAUAGGGCAAUGAAUCUGAUGACAGUGGUGUGCAACAUGAUGAAAAGACCGAAGCUAUCGCGCCA